AUGGCCGAAUCCUCUACCACGUCGCUCGCCGAUCCGCCCCGCGCUGGCCAGCACGUCCUCCACGACGGCAAGGAAUACAAGACUGUGAAAGAGGGCCUGGCUUAUAUUCUCGUUCCACCGAAUGCCACCACCCUUGUUGACCCCAAGAAACAAGCCAAGAGCGACGACGACGAGCAGAAACAGUCUGUUUUCUACAAUCCGAUCCAGGAGUUCAACCGCGAUCUGAGUGUGCUUGCUAUUCGCGCCUACGGUGAAGACGCAAUUGCCACCAAGGCGCGGAAAUACAAUCAGGAGAGGUUGAGGGAGAAGAGGAAAAGCGAGCGGAAGAGGAAGGCUCGCUCUGAGAACGAGGGCGCUGCCGAGGGUAAUGACAACAAAAGAGCGAAGGUCAACGAUGAGGCUGAGACUGGUGCAGCAGAGAAGGAUGAUGCUGCGCCUACUGAGGAAGCUGCGAAUCCCAAUGAGCAGCCAGAUCAAGCCUCAGGCGAAGCGCGGCAGAACCCUCAGCCCAAUGGCUCCUCCAAAGGCCCUCAGUUCCGCAUCCUCGAUGCCCUCUCUGCAACCGGCCUUCGCGCUCUCCGUUACGCCCACGAGAUCCCCUUCGCGACCUCCGUCACCGGCAACGACCUCUCUCCCUCUGCCGUCGAAGUCAUGAAGCUCAACAUCAAGCACAACGGGCUGGAACACAAGAUCACGCCCGUCAUUGGCAAUGCUGUUGCACAUAUGUACCAGUUUGUCGGUCAAGAGGGCAUCGGCGGUCCGGGACACAAAUACGACGUGAUUGACUUGGACCCUUACGGUACAGCCGUGCCAUUUCUCGACGGCGCAGUACAAGCUGUCACUGAUGGCGGCCUCCUGUGUGUCACUUGCACCGACGCUGGAGUGUUCAACUCCAACGGUUAUCCCGAGAAGGCCUACAGCCAAUACGGCGGACUUCCCAUGAAGGGGCAUCACUCUCACGAAGGUGGUCUGCGGUUGAUCCUGCAUGCCAUUGCCACUACAGCAGCCAAAUACGGCAUAAGCAUUGAACCGCUCCUCAGCUUGUCUAUUGACUACUACGCGCGUGUUUUCGUCAGAGUACGGAAAAGUCCAGCGGAGGUGAAGUUCCUCGCUGGCAAGCAGAUGCUGGUGUACAACUGUGACGCGGGCUGCGGCGCAUGGUCGACCCAAUUCCUAGCAAGAAAUCACCUCGAGGUCAGCAAGAAGGGUACGGAAUACUGGAAAUACAGUUUUGCGCAAGGCCCUUCAGCACCACCGCACUGCCCUCACUGCGGCUUCAAGACCCAUCUCUCCGGGCCCAUGUGGGGCGGUCCCCUCCACAACCCCGCCUUCAUCGAAAAGAUCCUCAGCUACCUCCCGACCGUCGACAAGACCACGUACGGAACCACCGAACGCAUCGAGGGCAUGCUCCGCACCGCGCACGAAGAACUCCUCUUCGACACCGCCUCCCCCUACGCCAGCACCUCCAAGUCGGCCGAGCCCUCGACCCCCGCCCAAGACGAGAUCCCCAAGAUGGACCCCGUCAUCGUCGACCACCACCCCUUCUUCUUCAACGUGUCUCAGCUCUCCAGGAUCAUGCACUGCCAGGCGCUCCCCGACGCGGCGUUCAAGGGUGCCCUGAGGAAGCUGGGUUACAGGACCACGAGGAGCCACUGCAAGCCGGGCACGGUCAAGACGGAUGCACCGUGGGAGGUUGUCUGGGAGGUGAUGAGGGAAUGGGUGCGCCAGAAGAGUCCGGUCAAGGACGACAAGUUCAAGGUCAACACGCCGGGUCGGGGCGUGUGGGAGAAGAGGCGGCGGGUCGGAGACGUGGAAAUGGCGGAUGAAGCGAAGGAGGGAGAGGAGAGCGAGGCGCGUGGAGAGGAGAAGAGCGAGAAAGAGGGACAGGGCGCGGAAGAGGAAAGCGGAAGUCCGGAUGCUGAGAUUCAAGUGGUUGAAGAGAAGUUCGAGAAGCAAUGGGCUCCCGGCCACGGCAUGGAGAAGUUGCAUAAACUCGAAGUCGUGUUCGAUGAGAAGCUGGGGAAGGAAAAGGAGGGUAAGAAGGUGGUGCGGUACCAAAUGAACCCGAGGGCGAAUUGGGGCCCGAUGGGUAGAGCGAAGUAG